UAAAUUGAUUAAUUAAAUGAAAACUAACUGAACAAUUAUCAGUAGCAAUAAGAUCUUCAUCCCUACUCAAAAUGAAGCAGUUGAUGAAAACAUAAGAGCAAAGCCAAAGGAAUUAGAUUCUCUGAUAUCUCAUCCAGCUCAGACCCAACUAGCUCUUUCACCCAAACCCAAGUCCCCUAACUUAUCUUGCUAUUCUAAACUCUCAAAACCACUUAAAAAGCCAGUAGAGUGAGUCCAAAGCUCAGUUUCAGCUCCAAUCCCUAUUAAGUCACAAAUCUCUGUUGCAUCUCAGACAACUCAAAAGAUUGAUACCAAUAAGGAAGGCCCAAAGGCCUUAAGGACUAUCCAAAAGAGGCUAAACUUACUUACAAAGUCAUGCUUGAGCUCUGCUCCGGUUAAGAACCCUUUCAUCACUCCUUGGUUGUCACUAAUAGAUCAAUCCGAAUUGGCGUAUCUUAUAGGUCCCUUCCAAAACCAGAGCCAAAUCGGCAAGUUCCAGAAGUCAGAACUGCAUUGCCUCCUUGCUAGCCUAGUUGAUCUCAGAACUUAUGUCAAUAAGGCAGUAACAAGCGAGCCUAAGAGUGAAGGCCCAAACAAGAGAUUUAAGUACGAAGUCAAGGAAGGCAACCAGCUUGUUGAGAAAGAAAUUGAAGUGAGCAAUCAAGCUUCUGAUAAGCUAAAGACCAAGGUUGCUAACCAAAAGGAACAGCUUACGCUUCAAAAUGGGAUUAUUACUAAAUAUAAAACAGAAGUCGCUGCUUUAAAAGACAAGGUUAAAGCCCUUGAAAAUGCCAACAAGAGGCUUAUGUCCAAUACCAAAGAACGUGGAAGUAGCAAACCUGAUGUCAAGAUGGAUGGAUGCCAGUAGGUAUGCAAACUUGUAUCGGCUAAAGCUGUUAUA